AUGAAAACCAUACUGAAGCAAUUUUACAUUUUCAUUGUUUUAUUAAGUAUCAAUGAAGUAACCUUAGGAAAUGAAGAGAAUAUAUACGGUGAACAAUUGAAAAGACCACACUGUCAUCUCCUAUGCGGAAUUUGUAGACGUAUAGGAAGAUUGGUAAAAACAUUCAUUGAACAUGAACCAUUCCUCCCAUUAACCUCAAGAAUAAUAUCUCAGAUGUGCAAUUUAAUUCCUGAAGAACAGUGGAGAGAUGAAUGUCUAGACAUCACACACUAUUUACCGAGGACAAUUCAUCAAUUGGCUCAUCAUAUAAAUGUUACCUUAGAAUGUUCUAAACUAGGUUUCUGUCACCAUGAACACACAAUGUUAUCAGAUUCUGAAAUUUCAUCAUGUAUUAAUGAGCAUAUAAAUUAUGGCUUGUCUUUAGCCAAAUCACCAGAAUAUGAAGAGAUAAUCAUAAAGAAUAUGUGUAAACAUCAUGCAGCUGAUAAACACAAAUGCUUAGAAACUAUAGAGACAAUAAUGCUAUUUCUACUUGAAAUGACCGCUUAAGUAAGUUUAUAUUACUAUGAAUAAAAGAAAACUAUGAUCAUGUAUCAGAAGCGAUUUUGUGGAGAUUUUAGAAAUUUCACUUAUUGAAAUCAUGAGUCAACUGAAGCUAGACCACCAUGGAAGACCUAGAGAUUCAAACCCAGGACCUAUCAGUCUCGCGCCAGGUGCUUAACCAACUAGAACACUGAGCCGGCUGGCAUCCAACGGUGUUAGUAUCUUACUUCAACCAAUCCACGAAGUUGUGCACUGCUAAGGAGUCCUGUACUAAGAUGAAACGGCCGUCCAGUGCUUCCAGGUUUUUUAUGGUGGUCUAGACUCCAUUGACUCAUGAUUCCAAUCAGUAUGAUCAUGUAUAGUUUUUUUGAAGUUCAUAGAGUAAUUAAAUAUUUAACAUGAACUAUUUUGUUUUAUUAUUUCAGAUUUACAUAUUGAAUUAUGAAAUU